GGGGCCGCGCGGGAGCCGGCGACUGUGAGGCAGUCCGCCAUGGGGACGGCCGGUGACCGCGCUGUGUUCUUCCCGGCUUCUGAGUGUCCCUCCGGGUCUUAUGCUGUAACGCGUGCGGAGGGGAAGAGCGCGGGAGGCCUCUGACCUGACCCCAUGGGGGAGGGGAGAGGCGACAGCUUCGCGGGUGUGAGCUUGGAGCGCCUCAAGCUGCAGCUGCUGGAGGAAAUCCACAUGAAGGAUGUAGUGCAACUCUCAAUGGUUGAAAUAAAACACAAGAUAGCAGAACUGGAAGCCAAACUCAAUACUGACAAUGAAGGUGGUGAAUGGAAAACUCGCUAUGAGGCACAACUUGAAUUGAAUGAUCAGCUACAAAAACAGAUUGUAUCUCUGGAAGAGAAAAUGAAAAGAGUCCGUGGAAAUCCUUCAGAUAGACUAUCUUCUAUUCGUGUUUAUGAGCGAAUGCCAGUGGAAUCCUUAAAUGUAUUACUUAAGCAACUAGAAAAAGAAAAAAGGAGUCUUGAAAAUCAAGUGAAAGACUAUGCGCUUAGACUGGAACAAGAGUCAAAGGCUUACCAGAGGACCAGCAGCGAACGGCGUACAUACCUAGCUGAAAUGUCUCAGGGCUCUGGCUCACAUCAAAUUUCUAAAAGGCAACAGAUGGAACAACUGCCUAGAAUGAAAGAGAUUCUAGUAAAAUCGGGAAGAUACAAUCCAGUUAAUCAGAAGACUGCUAAGAGAGGACCAGUAAAAAAGAUUACAAGAUCAAAUCAUCUUCCAAAACUCCACCAGUGAUUUCAGAACUGCAUGGAUUUCAACUUUUUCCUUUUCUUUUUUUUCAUGUAUAAUAUUCAUCUUGUGAAGUUAAUGUUUAAUGUGUUAUUCAGGGAAUGAAAUAAGAUAAGAAAGAGCUGCCAAAUCUUCUCUAGUUCUUACAGAAGUUUAUUCUCUCAUUUGCAUGAAUGGGAUUUUCUCUGUAACCCUAAAAUAUCUAAUAGAAGUGCUUGUGAUUUUUAAGUGUAUAUUGAAAAACUUGAAGGUUGACAUCAUUACACUUGCUUUUAAUAAUAUAGUCAUGAUUUUCUCUAAUAGUAA